UCCCUCUCUGUCAUCACACACCAACAUUUACAUUAUUUUUUCCUUUUUUUAAGGAGUGUAAUCUUUUUCCACAUGAAAUUAAACUAAAGUCUUUUAAUUUCUUAUUUCUUAAUUAAUCUCCAAGUUGUUGCUUCUAAUCCAAGCAGCUCCCUGAAUGCAUCUGUUUUGAUGCAGCGCAAAGAAAUCUAAAGAUUUCAUCUUGAUGUCUAGAUUUUUCAAUUUUUCUUUGGUCUGAAGGGGAGAACAGAGUUUUAUUUAAGUGCUACACCACUCCGGGGGGAAAUUUUUAAUGUUCGUGAGUGCUGCAAUCUUCUUGUGUAAAUAGAGCACUGCAAUAAUUAAUUAUAACAAAAAAGAAAGCAAAGAAAUUAAAACAAGUAUAGGAUAAUGUCCAUCGAUGCUACCGCUCUGCCCUCAGAGCUGCUUGUAGCACCACAACCUCUUAUUGGGUUUUGUGGGCUCGAUGUGGUGAAGAACUCGGUGCAUAAGUCAAUAUGGGACGCUUUCAAUAGCAAUCGUAAACCUGAUAAACCUGCUGUGCAGUUCAAGCUGUUGCCGCCAAAUUAUGAAUUCCCGGUGGCCAAACCAAAGCGCGCUUCCUAUGAAUGGUAUCAUCCGAAGGGGAUACUCAAGCGUAACUGGAUGUUGAAGCAUCUUCAUGUUCUGCCAUCUGUGGUGGUUCUGUUCCAGGACAUGGAGUGGAAUGAUCCACUGUGGACUGACAAGCAGCUACAAUGUGCCUCAACUAUUCAAAGUCUCAAAAAUUGCCUACAAGAACGCAAUACUCGCCUAGCCCUUGUGUUGCUCCAGAAAGCUGCACCAUUACCUCCUGGUGAAGAUAUGUUAGCAUCAGAACGAGCAGCUAGCCUAACAAACGCUUGUGGAAUAAGCAGCAAAAUGCUCUUCAUCCUUCCGCACACUGAUCACCUUGUUGGAUAUACUUCGCGCCUCGAAUCGGCUCUUUUGGAAAUGGCUCAGGGAUACUAUACUCUUAUGUCCACACGAAUUCGUUCUCAUCACUUGACAUCCUCACAUCAUGUCCUCAAGAUUCGUCAUCAAUUCAAACUCGGAUUUGUCUCAGAAAUGAGACAAGAUUACAGUACUGCUCUUAAAUAUUACUCCCAGGCAUUUGCUAAUUUAGAAGAAAUUCGUGUUGUGGACACAAAUUGUCUGGAAAUCAAAACUAUUGCCGGCUUCCUGAAUUACAAAAUUUGUCGAUUAAUGUUCAAAUUAAAAGUGCCACGUGAUUCAAUAAAUCAUUUCAUAAGUCACAUUGAAAAGUACAAGAAUCGAAUUGGAUUCAAGGAUCUAUUAUUUGAACAUUAUGCGUGGCUUAGUACUCAGCAUAGUGCAUUUGCUGAUCUCUUUUGUGAAGCAAUUAAAAACGGUCUUCCAGCUUUGCAGACACAACAUCCUGGAAUGUACUAUUAUAAAGCAGCUUGUAAUAUUGUCAAGAGAAAGGAAGCAUUUUUGGAGUGUUGUGCACUGUCUCUGAGUCCUACAGAACCCACAUCACCCACUACUCUACAAAAUAUCUCCUCAAUGGCACUAUUUAGCGAGUACUUUGGCAUUCGUACGAUCAAAACUGGAGAACCAGUAUCCGAACAACAAGUUAUAAUGUUAGUACAAGAAAAUGAAAAGAACUACAACCAUUCAGGUGCAAUAAUUCAACUUCUGGGUCAAGCGAUGGCUCAGUUCAAAGUCUACAAAGGUCUCAGGUUUCGUAAAAAACUAGCAGUCGAUAUGGCAGAAGAGUACUUUAAGUGUGGUGAUCAUGCUAAGGCACUUACAUUAUACUCUCUCAUGUUACCCGAUUAUCGUCAAGAUAAAUGGAGUUUACUAUUCUCAGAUGUGCUUCUCAAAACUCUACGUAGCGCAUUCCUAUCGGCAUCAGUUGCUGAUUAUGUUGCAUGUAGUUUUGAAGCAUUAUCGUUAAAAAUUAAAUGUGAUCAAAAAGAGCGUAUUACAGUGCUCGAAAAUCUCUGGAAAGUUUUCCAGAAAGUUCCUCCUGUAUCUCAAAGUCAAAUUACACCCGAACUACGAACGUUAUGGGAAAACUCGUUGGCUAAUUUUAAAUCUCCUGCAAUAAUUGAUUUAGAUAAAAUAACUGAAUUACUCGAAUGCAAUGUGAGUUUUGAAAAAGCCGAAUUAAAAAAUGACGAAAUGAUAAAUAUUCGUUUGGUUGUCAAACUUCUUACGGAUGUUCCAUUGAAGAUACACAAUUUUACAGCAGUUCUAAUCGAUAACCAAAGUCAACAAUAUAAGCUUAAAGCAAUCAAAUACACAACCUUUGAAGAUCUAUCCCAAUUAAGGGCUAGAGAAAGUUCGACAAAUGAAUUUAAAUCCUUUGAUGGUGAUCUCAAAUUAGAACCAGAAAAAUAUUAUGAAAUCUUAUUCUGCACCGAGGCACAGCAAUAUUUGGAAAAUACUCAAUUACAAGUUUCAUGUAUUGAAAUCUUAAUUGGCACUGAUAAAGUAUCAGCGGUUUUGGUGAAAAAUGUAACGCUGGCAAAGAGAAAUUUCAAACAUCAUAAUCGAUAUCGAGAUUUGAUUGAUAAUGUUACAACUAAUCCAACUUGUUAUAUUGUUCCAACAUUCCAUUUGGUAACUCAGACAACACAACCGGUACAACCGAUGUUAGUUAAUGAAUUCUUUAGCAUCGUUUGUGUGGUGAAUAAUCCAUUUAAUUUGUUUUUGCAAAAUGUUGGAUUAAGUAUCAGUGUUCCGAAUAAUCUUCGAAAUAAAGUUUUUCUCACCACCGAUAUUUCUUCUAACCGCCAAAAACUCCACUCCCAGAUUCAAAUCGAUAUUGGUGAACUUUCGAUGCUUAACUCAACAUCAGUGUCGUACUACGUCUUUAGUUUAGUCGAAGUCAAUAUUGAUUUACAACAAAAGAUUUGGUAUAAUUUAGAUUCGAUAAGACCAAAGCCACCUCCAUUUGUGGAGAGUCCAUCGACCACGGAUAAUUCUCCAAUUAAUUCACGUGUUGUUCUGGCGGAUUUUAGUCCUUUAGCGUUAAGUUCAUUGAUUCGGAUUGAUUAUAUCGAUGAUAGUCGAAUGCGAAAGGCUCGAGAUGAAGUUGUUAGUAUUUCGUGUGAGAAUGAGUUUAAAUUUUGUGGAAGGUUUUAUACUCUCAAUCGACAACCAUUGACGAAGAUCUAUCGGGGCGAGAAUUUUUUGUUUCGAGCUAAUAUUGAAGUGCAAUCGAAAAGUGAUUUGGACAUAUUGGAGACGUAUUUUAUAUGUGACCACAAUCUAGUUCAAUCCACGUACAGCUUUAAACGCAAAAAAUACAGCAACUGCUAUCGCAAAAACGACACCCUUGAAGAUGUAAUUGUCUUAAGAACAAACUCAACCAACUGUGACUGGAUUACGGCCAAACAAUUCGAGCAUAGUGAAAACGAACCCGACCAACUAUUCCAACGCUCCCGAACUCUGCGAAGCAUCCAACAAACGGCCAAUAGCAGUGGUAGUGGUAAGCUCGAGAAUAGUAUUGUGCCUUCUUCAGCAAUGAACAAAAAUCUCUUGUCGAAAAUUCCCAAUAACAUGACAAUAAUUGGUAAUUGCGCUCUGCUCGCUAGCCAAAGUUCAAUUCUAAGUUCAUCGACUAUUUCCGAUGAUGGUAAAUUAAAAAUCGACUCAGAUUCAUUAAAAGAUGAUCAAAUACAACAACAACAACCGGUAAAACCAAGUUCCCAAAUGGUCUUUGGAAAGGCUAUUGAAGCAAUCACACCCACGGGACCAUAUCGUGGUUUUAUAAAAGGUGUUGUGACCGCAAGUGAGUCGGGAAAUACAGCGACGGCGUCACAAGCACCAAUAUUUGGAGUGUAUUGCAUAAAAUGGCGACGAAGUGGCUCUAAAGAUGAAAAUGAAUCAAAAUUUGUGGUCACAGGAUUGGAAAUCGAUGAACCACCUUUGAAUAUUUACUGUUCCAUUGAAGAGAAGAUGUUCGUUAAAGUUCCAAUGACUCUUAAGGUUGUCCUCAAAAAUCCCACUGCAAAAGUUGUCCAUUUGAUUUCGACAUUGAGUGUGAGUAAUUCUGAUAAUUUCAUGUGUUCCGGUCAUAAACAGCUUGACAUUUCAAUAUUUGCGUAUUCAGAAAAAGAACUGGUGUUCAAUUUAUAUCCACUCAAAGUUGGCUGGCAAAAUCUUCCUGAACUCCACUUAGAAUACAAUACCCUCACAGAUCCAACCAGGGACGAGUCACAAAAUCAACUUCUCAGUCAUUUAGUUCAGCGAUCAAUGCCUAAAAAGGUUUUUGUUUUGCCUCCUUAUAAACAACAUAGCAACGGUGUUAAGUAGUAUAGGCAACCCCUUGGAAUUCAAUUUCCACAUUCUACAUAUUAUUUUCUAAUUUAAAAUUUAAAGAAAAAUAAAAUAUUUUAAAUACAACAAACUAGUAAAAUCAACAACUAUCUCUCUCUCUGUUGUUGGUAAUUAAAUGAUAAUAUUGUUAAAUAACAAAAA